UUCAUUUUCGGGGCAGAUGCUCUGCCUGCCCAUCCCCGCCGCCCGUGGGCACGGGCCGCGGUCUGAGCACCAAGCAGAGGAAGAUGCCAGGCUCGCCGGCCGCGGCGCAGCGGUGGUGGGUGUGGGGAGCUUGGCUCGGCCCUCGCUGUCAUGGGGUGCUGCUCCGGGCCCUGCACCGGUGCCACAUCGCGUCUCGCCCCGCAGCUUCCGCCUCCCACCCUUUCGAGGCGGAAAGCCCUGUUCUCCGUGCUUAGCCACUGCCACCGCCAUAGAGGGGCUUUGUGUGAGCCGGCACAAAGUGAGGAUUGAUGCCGUUUCCCCUCCCCCUGCUGCGUGGAGCAGGACUGCAAGCGGCUCCAACAAAGGUGCCCUUCUUCCUUCCGCCGAGGACGAGGUGCCGGCAGGCUGAGGGGAUCUGCCCUGCGGCACCGCGCUGUGGGUACAGGCACCCCCCCCUCCUGCGGUGGUGCCAGGAACCCCUGGGGCCCCGUCCUCGACCUCUCCUAGGCCGACCCUGCUGCUGCUUGGGUUCCUGCUGGGGCAGCCGGGCCUCCCCGCAGCAAGCCCCAGCGUGGUGAGCCGGGGCCUGGCCAGCGUUCAGCAGCAGCUCCCCGGCCUGCAUGAGCCCCAUCCCUGCCAUCGCAAGGGGGGAGUGCCGGGGCUCCCUGCCUGCCUGGGCUCUCCCAGGGCCAGAGAAGGGGCACAGCCCCUCUGCUUCCUGCCCUGAGGGGUCAGCGCCAUCCCGGCUGUCCCCGUCCCCUCCGCAGAGCAAGCUGGCGCUUCGCCAGGGUGGGUUUGGUGGAGGCCGAAGGCGCCGGGGGAGCAGAUCUGCUUCCCUGCGGUGCAGCUGUGCUGAAGCCUGCCGUGCGGUGUCCUUGGCGCGCUGGGGAAUAUCAUUGCUUACCUGGAUUUCAGUUCAAAAUGGCCUAAGAGAAGCUCAUAUCGGCAUUCAUUAUCUCCCAGCUCCUCCUGAUGGGUAGUAACAAGUCAUCACAUUAUUGAGAGUGACUUGGAAAAGUUUCAGAAAAUGUGCAUCUGUAUGAAGAACAGAUUGUAAGUUCUUUGUUAAAUUCACAUUAUGUUUGCUCAGUCCUGCACAUUUUAGGCAAUGGGUUCUGGAUUAUUUGCAAGGCAUCUGGGUGAGCUGGUGAGGCAGUGCAGGCAGCAGUGCGGGGUUUGUCUGGGCUGUGCUGGGUGCCACCAGUGUUCCUGCGGCAGAGUCCCCCGCUCCUCACCCGCCCUAAGGACACAGCACCCAUCUGGAGGGAGGGUGAGCCCCCGCGGCUCUGGGUGCGCUCCUAAUCAUCCUUUGGAGGCUUAAACUGCAUGGGGAGCAAAGUGAGUCGGCUUUGCGCGUGCUGGGUGCCCGUCCAGGUGCCAAAGCAGGGGCCUCCCCUGGGUUUGUUCAUCGGCAAUAGUGUUUUCACCAUUACUGGUCACUAGCUGCUGUUGGUUUGGACUCCUCAGGUAGUCUGGCUAUUCAUGUGACAUUACUAUUAUUUACAUAGGGCCCAGACUUGCUCUUUUUUAUUGCCUGCAGCACGAUGUUUGCUCAGACUGGGCAUUGUGAAGUGUAAACCCAGGUCCCACUGGCACCAGCACUCACCUCUGCCUUUUCUAGCAGAUCAGUCCAUAAUGCCUGAGGUGCGAGACCUCUCGGAUGCCUUGCCCGACUUGCCGAUGGAUCCCAUCACGGGUGUUGGUGUGGUUGCAUCCCGGAACCGAGCACCGGCAGGCUAUGACGUAGUUGCACAAACAGCAGAUGGCUUGGACGCUGACCUCUGGAAAGAUGGCUUAUUUAAAUCCAAGGUCACACGAUACCUGUGCUUCACGAGAUCGUUUUCAAAAGAAAAUAGUCAUUUAGGCAACGUCUUGGUUGAUAUGAAGCUCAUUGAUAUCAAGGACACUUUACCUGUGGGCUUCAUCCCCAUCCAGGAGACCAUCGAUACACAAGAAAUAGCUUUCAGAAAGAAGAGGCUGUGCAUUAAAUUCAUCCCUCGAGAUUCUACAGAGGCAGCGAUCUGUGAUAUCCGAAUCCUGGGUAGAUCUAAACAAGCCCCUCCUCAGUACACGUUCAUCGGGGAGUUGAACAACAUGGGCAUUUGGUACCGGAUGGGCAGAGUUCCACGCAACCAUGAAUCUUCACAGCCUGCGACUCCUCCUUCCCAAGUACCGUCUUCGACACCAGCUCCUAACCUGCCGAGGCACAUCUCGCUGACACUGCCUGCCAGCUUUCGAGGGAAAAAUCACAGCACUCGCCUGGACUUGGAGCACCAGCACUCGAAUUUGUAUGCCAUAUCAGCGAUGGACGGAGUGCCUUUCAUGAUUUCAGAGAAGUUCGCCUGCGCUCCGGAAGGGAUGCAGCCAGUUGAUCUCUUGGGCAUCACAAUCAAAACCCUUGCAGAAAUCGAAAAGGAGUUUAAUGGUGCUGGUAACUUGUUACCAGGAAAGCCAGGCUGCACUUCCAGUGAGUGCGAGUCUUCCAGGAGCUCAGGGAGAAGACAGCCAUCAAACCGAGGGUGGUCUCGUGUUCCCGAAGGAGCACUUUGGAACACGCGUGGCUUAGGCUGCAAGGUGCCGAGGAGCCGCCUGCUCUGCAAGGGCUGCCUCUCAUCUGAAGUCUCAGACCAGGAGGAAAAUUGUCUCAGCAGCCACGUGCUUUGGGCACCAUCAGUCACAAACCUGUUCUCUUGUGCCACCCAGCUGGAUCAAAGGCAAAGAGUAAGAAGAUGGCAUAGCGAAACUUCCAGACUCCUCAUGGCUUCUCGACUAUUUGAUUGCAGUUGUGAGUCCUGCUUCCUAAAUCCAUUCUCUUCUCCUGCCUGGAAGUUUUGUCCAAGUGCAGAAAGGCGGCCAGGGGAGCAGUGAUGGCGGCUCUGAAGGUGCUGCCCGAUGGGGGCAAUCGCUGGCAGAAGCAUGUGCUGCCCUGCCUGGGGCACGCGUGCCGUCCUUCUGUCCGGGACUGCCUGCGUCUGUCGUGAGGGCAUCGUGUGCUGGGAGCCGGGGUGCUCGGGGCUGGUGGCCCCGACGCGUGCCUGCCUCCCUUCCCCAGCUCGCCAGGAGCUGGCCGCGGGGCAGCGGGUCCCUUUUGCCAGAGGGGAAGUGAAGGGUUGGUUCUGCAGCCCUUUGCGUGUCGCCUGGUGCUGGGAGAGGUCUCAGCAGCUUGGGGCGCUGCCUGGAGGGGUGGGCUGAGCAGCCCUCCCCCAUGCCCCUUGCAGGCCUGCAGGGUGCGGGGACUCCGGCCCCGGCGUCGUUUGUGUGGCCUUGCGAGAAGAGGUUGAUACCUGCUGCCUCUCCCCACAGCCUCCUGUUCCGUUACAGGCAGUGUGCGUUUCAGAGUAAUGAAAAGUAUAAUUAUGCAGCCCAUAUUCCUUGAUGAAGCAUCUUGUCUGCACGCAGAUAGCUACGCAUAUAAAUAUUGUGAAUUUCUGCAUGGCUUUAUUUCCCUUGCAAGCAAUAGCACCAUUACAGCAAAUCUUCUGGAUUUCCAAAGCAGCGAGAACAUUUUCCCUGGAGCUAGAUGCCGUGCAAAAAAUAUUCCCAAAGAAUUCCAAGAGUUACUAUUCUCUGUCGCCACAUUUGCGGAGAUAUGCACCCAUCCUCCAAGCUGCGAGGGGAGCCGAAUGGAAGGACUCCACCCUUUCAGGAGAACCGAUGAAAAUAGGCGCAAAUCCUGUUCUGCGCACUCAGGCUGCACCUGAAGGCGGCGUCUCGUUGCUGCAGCACCGCGCAGCCGUGCCCUGAGCAGCGCGGGAAGCAGCGCGGUGAG